AUGGGGAGAAGGUUAGUGAUUGCAAUUGUGGGCAUGGAGGAUGUGGGAAAAAUUACUCUUGCUCAACUUGUCUACAAUAAUGUUGAUGUGGAUAGUAACUUUGAUUUGAAAAUUUGGAUAUCUGUUUCUCUUGAGUAUAACAUAGAAAGAGUCACAAGGUCAAUUGUUGAGUGUGCUUGUAGGAAAAAGGUGAAGUUGUCUGAUUUAGAAUCAAUUCAAAUGAGACUUGAAGAAAUACUCAAUGGAAAGAAGUUUUUAAUAGUAUUAGAUGGCUUCUGGGAUGAGGAUGAAUAUAAUUGGGAUGUUUUGUACUUGCCAUUCAGAGUUGCUGCUCGAGGGAGUAGAGUACUGGUGACGACACGAAGCAUGCUUGUUUCAAGAAUUGUUGCCACUGCUUCUCCUUACCAGUACCAUUUUCAGACUUCGUCUGAUGAAUAUUGUGAAAAAUAUUCUGGUGUAUCUGCUGCGAGUCUGAGGGCUCGGGUGAAGACUAAAGUUCUUGACAAAGAGUGGUCUUCGUCAAAAGCGGAGAAGACUUUUUCCGAUGUUAUCAUGGCUGAUGAGGUGGGGAAUGUGGCUAUUGACCAGUACAUGCAGGUUGUUGGUCUGCGACUUGCCAGUUUAGGGCAUAGUCGAGAAAAGAAACAUAUAAAAGCUGCAAAUGAAAAGUCUGAUUUGAAGUUGAAGGAGGAGUUAUAUUUGAGAAAUGCUAGGGUUGCUGAGGUUGAAGCGAAACUGGCUGAGGUAGAAAAGGAAUUGACAUUGACAAAGGAGAAUUAUUCGAAGGAAGUAGAAGAUGUUAAGAAAAAGGAAGCCGAUCUGUCCAGUAUGAGUGCUCGUAUGAUUGAGUUAACGAGUAAAUUGAAGGAGAUGGAAAAGAGCAAACAAGGGAAGAUUGUGCAGGACGGGGUCAUGGUAGAGGAUGAUGGUGCUGCUGAGCAGGGAGAUGAGAAUGUUGAAUAG